GUGAACCCCGGCUUAGACAAUGAGGGGUGGGACAAAACUGUAGAUUUUAAAAUCUGUAAUCUAACCCCUAAAUCAAGAACAUUUCUCAAAGAUAUAUGCCACGACACGAUAUGCUCUGCAUCACGGCGAUCUUCACUAUAUUUCGCGUGAGGAAGUAGGACUGAUCGGAUUGUGCGUGAAUGAAAACUGAACUGUAAAGAGUUGGUUUACAGCGAGAGUGCCAGGAUGUGGAAAAAGUUAAGGAUCCAGCACAUCUGGAUAUGACUUGCGCCGCUGAUUUCACUAUAUUCGCCGUUAGGAGAUAACAGUUUUAUGUUUAGAGUAACGACAAACGAGUUUCAGAAACAGAUGAACUUUGAUCAACUUACUUCGUGAGUGAGCGCAAGACGAAAAUCAGACAUGAGGGCUUCUGAGAUGCUUGCUGUACUGUUUGUUUUGGUGUGUUCAAGGAGAUAUGCAACUCUUGCAGAUGAAGGUGAAGAGAGCAAUUUACAGUGCAGCUGUGAGAGCCAUCUUUGCAUAGAAAACACCUGCUUGGGACGUAUUUGCUUCUACGCUUCUGUCCAUGAGCGUGUAUCCAGGGGCUGUUUUUCCUCCAGCGAGCAAUGCCAUGUGCCUGAUGUGCCUAAUGUGUAUACCAAGUGCUGCUUCACACAUCUCUGCAAUGCAAACAUCACUGUGCCUGAAAAAACCGAUGAAAACUCCACCAGAGUGAUUGUGCUGGUGGGAGUGCCGUUGUUGGUGCUGCUGGUGUUGUCUAUGGUAGCCUGUGGGCUUGUGUUGUGGCUCCGUUCAAGGCGACAGCACCACCAGCUGGUGGAACACGACACUUCCAUGCCUAAAGUCCCCAGUGGAGGGGACCCAACAUAUGGGGAUAUCUUUGAUGAGUUUUGCACAUCGGGCAGUGGGACCGGCCUGCCUUAUCUGGUGCAGAGGACCAUGGCUCGACAGAUCUCUCUGGCUGAAUGUGUUGGUAAAGGGCGUUAUGGAGAGGUAUGGAGGGGCACCUGGAUGGGAGAGAGUGUUGCUGUCAAGAUUUUCUCCUCUCGUGAUGAACAGUCCUGGUUUAGAGAGACUGAAAUCUACAACACGGUCCAACUAAGGCAUGAAAACAUCUUGUGCUUCAUAGCUUCAGACAUGACGUCUAAAAACUCGAGCACUCAGCUGUGGCUGGUCACACACUUCCAUGAGUUGGGUUCCCUCUAUGACUUCCUGCAGUACAGCACGCUGGACCCCGAGAGCUGUCUGCGCAUGUGCCUGUCCAUUGCCAGCGGCCUCGUGCACCUCCACACGGAGAUCCUCAGCACACAGGGCAAACCGGCCAUUGCACACCGAGACCUGAAGAGCCGCAACAUCCUGAUGAAGAGAAAUGGCCAGUGCUGCAUCGCAGACCUGGGCCUGGCUGUCAUUCACUCUCAGUCUAAUGACUAUCUGGAUGUGGGCAACAACCCCAGAGUGGGCACCAAGCGUUAUAUGGCACCGGAGGUCUUGGAUGAGAGUAUUCGUGUUGAUGUAUUUGAGUCCUAUAAACAAACUGACAUCUGGGCCCUGGGUCUCGUCCUGUGGGAGAUAACUCGUCGAACUGUUGUAAAUGGAAUUGUGGAGGAGUACAGACCGCCGUUCUUUGACGUGGUGCCCUCUGAUCCAAGUUUCGAGGAGAUGAAGAAAGUGGUGUGUGUUGACCAGCACAGGCCCAGUCUUCACAAUCGACUACACUCUCAUCCGAUCCUGUCUGCAACUGCGAAGAUUAUGAAAGAGUGCUGGUUCCAAAGCCCUUCAGCUCGACUCACUGCUCUGCGUGUGCGAAAGAGCCUCUCCAAACUGGACCAGGACCAUGACUAUGACAUAGACAAGCUCAAACUGGACCUCUAGAAUAAACCUCCUGCCAUGCAUUUCCAAGGAAGUUAAAUUCUGACGGCCCCACAUGCUAUAUUCAUCCAUAUAAAUACUUUCAGACUCUUUUAAAGGGCUUUUCAAGCUUCUUGUCUUAAGGCUCCACUGAACAUGGUUUAUCUUAUCAUGUCAUUGGUUGACUGUGGGAAGUCAAGGCCAUAACUCUGCUGUUAAAUGUUUCUCCUCAAAUAUAUCCACACGACUGCUCUUCUAGGGCCUGCAUAUUUCAACACAGUGACUCAUUUAUCACUGAAAUUAAAACAAGGAUGACAAACCCGCAUAAAAUCUUUAAAGUGUAGUGAGAUUCGGUAGCAUGUGGGUCAUUCUGGACUUCCUCACUGCGGUGUUCCCUGAAAUUCUUAACUUCCUAAACAUGACUCUAACCUAGAAAGGUUGGCACAUGCUUUAAACUGUUUGUUGCACUUAUUAUUAUUUUUUUUAUUUGAUUUUAUUUUUAGCGGGGGGGGGGGUUUUAUUGGUUCUAUGAAAGACUUUGAAAUGGACAAUCUUUUUUAAGAACAAGAACUGCAUUACAACUUGUACCAAGUAAUUAUUAAAACAGAGGACAUAUUAGUAUAGUGCACUUUUAUAUAUUGUUAAAUAUUUUUUACAAGAUCAAAAUUACAAUCAUAUUACUCUAGCUGUAAUAUAUAUAUUUGGUUAUAAUGUACAAUAUAUUUGCUUUUUCAAAAAUAAUAAUCAUUUGCACAAAAUGUCUAUCGUUAUUUUCACUACAAAAAUUGUAUUUAAGUAUUAAUAAAAGUUCAGGAUACUGAAGCAGACUGAAAAUUUCUCUGCCUCAAAGGAGUUCACAGAUUAUUGUUUGAUCUCAAGCUCAUUUUUAUAGUGUAAAAAAAUUAAAUAAGGAUAAAGUGUAUAAAUAAAUACACAAUCAAGUUUUUAAUUAAACAAAUUUCACUUAAAUGGGUCUUUGAACAUUAACAUAGUUUUGUCCACUAGAAAAAAAACAUUUGUCCACUAGAGGGCAUCAUUAAUUUCUCUUUCCCUCCCAAAGUGUAAUGCUAGAUCUUGUUGCCUUCUCUCUGAACAGCAAACUGUGCCACAGCCUGAUCUGGUUAAUGAAUACAGCGUCACUUCAGUAGUCCUUAAGGAGAUAUAAGGGAUUUAUUUCCCUUUGCCUCAAUCCAUUUCUUGUAAACCAUAAACAAUGUGUAUCCUGUCUUACAAGCCAUGCAAUCUCGCAAUUGUUAGAACUGUUGUUUAGCACGAGAGGCACUAAAAGACCUGAUACCCCUCGGGAGCCACCAAGACACACCUCUAUGUUGUUGAACAACAUUUUGCGGAUACAAUACUGAAUGCAUCCCUCACUAUCAUGUUUCAGACAGACCUAUAUUUACCAAGUGCAAACAGAUAUCUCACAGAUCUUAUUCAUAGAAACGAGACUGCCAAAUGGCUGUCUUUCCAGUAUAAAUCCCUUUCUACGCACACCGACACACACAGAGAAGGCCAAAAGAGCAGAUGUUCCACUGACUGAUGGAUAUUUAUAAGAUGUUUAUCUCAUUUUUUUUUUUUGUGCCCAAGUUUCCCUUCAGCUUGUCAUGUUUGUCUUGCUGUCAGACUGUAUGGCGGAGUGAGAGGAUGGGCAUUGAUUUCUGUCUGCCUGUUUAUCUAUAUCUACGCCCUCGCUAUAUCUAUCUGUGGAGGAGCACAGAGAGGGGGCUUUGCUGGAGAUAAUUCCCUAACUCAGCCUGUCCACUCAGACAGACAGAGGGUUAUUUUUAUCAGGAUAACAGUGGCUGAAAAGAGUAUCAAUGCCCCGCUCUGGUAGGCCAGACUCCUCUGAAAUGGUGCCCUUCAAUCAGCUGUGACAUUUUUGCACAGAGCCAUUCCACAUGCCUUUGUUGGGAAAACUCGGAUAUGAACGCCCUGCUGAAAUAUGUGGAUUGAUAAUUGAAAGAUAUGACCCCACUUUAUAUACAAUAGACAGCCAGGGGCCAGAUUAGUAUGCAGUCUAGCGAAGGCAAAGAGGUUAAUGGUAACAAUAGAGGUUUAAGACUGCAUGGCGCAACUCUAAACGCUUUGUGUUUGACCUUUGCAUCAAGAGCAACUUGAAAGGACUUUCAGUGUAAUCAGAUUAGAACUUGUACAUCAUUCUUUAUGUACCCAUACGACUUAAUGCACUAACCGAGAGUCUCCUCAUGUCAUGUGGCCAUUAAGAGGACAAAUACUGAGUGCAUCAAAUAUCUCUUUAUUCCUCAAAAUUAAAAUCACAAGUUUCUCCUCUGCCCUGCUAUUUAGAGGAAGUAAACAUCCUGAGGUCCUGGCAGAAGCCAGAGCGCUCCUAUAGGAAUACGUUUGACUUAUUUCCCUAAAGACGCAGUUUCCUUUUUCAUACUAGAAGUCAAGAACUAAUCAGUGAUUUGUUAUGGGCGUCUGAGGUCUCUUAAGCUUAACCCAUACUGUGGUUUUUGUGGGAGUCCUGAAUGCUUUUGGUGCUGCUCACAGGGGUUCUGUAAGCUCCUUUGGAUCACACACAUCGCACAAUGUGGGUCCAGCUUGAAAAGAUAACUUGGCUCCAGAGUUUUAUUAUUAAUGCUGAGACUCUGGAGAAUAGUGAACACGUCCUGAUGGAUUACUAAGGCAUGAUCCAAAAAACUGGUGAAUGUGUCAUUGAUUUCAUACACGUGAGACCUUUAAAUAAAAAAAUAAGAAAUGUUCUCUUAUUAAACAAGCUAUUCUCAGAUAAUGAAUGUAUGUGUGUAUAGCACAUUUUGUGA